CGCUCCUCUGGUCGCCGGCCCCCUCCCGCCUCAUGUGGCCCGGCCCGCGGCGGCCGGCGGCUGAAAGCGGCGAGGCGGCGGCGCGCGAAGCCCGGAAGGCGGCGGCCGAGGCCCAGGCGGCGGACCGGAGCGGCGGGAGCGGGGCCCGGGUCGGCCCUCGAGCGGCCGCCGGCUCAGCAUGCGCGCCCGCCGGGGGCUGCUGCGGCUGCCGCGCCGCUCGCUGCUCGCCGCGCUCUUCUUCUUCUCGCUGUCGUCCUCGCUGCUCUACUUCGUCUAUGUGGCGCCCGGCAUAGUGAACACCUACCUCUUCAUGGUGCAGGCUCAGGGCAUCCUGCUGCGGGACAAUGUGAGGACCAUCGGUGCCCAGGUGUAUGAGCAGGUGGUCCGCAGCGCCUAUGCCAAGAGGAACAGCAGUCUGAAUGACUCAGAUUAUCCUCUGGACUUGAACCACAGUGAAGCCUUUCCCCCAACCACGACCUUUCUUCCUGAAGAUUUCACCUACUUUGCCAACCACCCUUGCCCGGAGAGGCUCCCUUCCAUGAAGGGCCCGAUAGACAUAAACAUGAGUGAGAUCGGAAUGGACGAUAUUCACGAGCUUUUCUCCAGAGACCCGGCCAUCAAGCUCGGAGGGCACUGGAAGCCUGCAGACUGUGUGCCUCGGUGGAAGGUGGCUAUCCUCAUUCCCUUCCGGAACCGCCAUGAGCAUCUCCCGGUCCUCCUGAGACACCUGCUCCCCAUGCUCCAGCGCCAGCGCCUGCAGUUCGCCUUCUAUGUGAUCGAGCAAGCUGGCACCCAGCCCUUUAACCGAGCCAUGCUUUUCAACGUUGGAUUUCAAGAAGCCAUGAAGGACUUGGAUUGGGACUGUCUGGUCUUCCAUGACGUCGAUCACAUACCUGAGAAUGACCGAAACUACUAUGGCUGCGGGCAGAUGCCCAGGCACUUCGCAACCAAACUGGACAAGUACAUGUACCUGCUGCCCUACACAGAGUUUUUUGGUGGUGUGAGCGGCCUGACUGUAGAACAGUUUCGGAAAAUCAAUGGCUUUCCUAAUGCCUUCUGGGGCUGGGGAGGAGAAGAUGACGACUUGUGGAACAGGGUACAAAAUGCAGGCUAUUCUGUGAGCCGGCCAGAAGGGGACACAGGAAAAUACAAGUCCAUUCCUCACCACCAUCGAGGAGAGGUCCAGUUUCUUGGCAGGUACGCUCUGCUGAGGAAGUCAAAGGAGCGGCAAGGACUGGACGGUCUCAACAACCUGAACUACUCUGCGAAUGUCACAUAUGACGCCUUGUAUAAAAACAUAACUGUCAACUUGACACCCGAGCUGGCUCAGGUGACUGAGUACUGAGAUGCGAAGAGAAGCCGCACUCGCCUACCCACCGCUCCCUUGGACGGGCUGCGACCCGCCAUCCUGGGGAUUGACACAGGAGGACAGAAGAGAGUGGAGCACAGGACCGUAGGGUUCCAGAAAACUGUCACAGAGCACACGCACAAAGGCCUUCGUUGUAGGGCCCAACAGGGACAGGAGACUUGAGGACACCUGUCAUCAGCACUGGCGUCUAUUCCACAAGACAGAUGUCUGCCCUGCCACUCCCUUCCAUCCCUCCCCAGGUCCUGUCUCAGCUGUAACCCAUAGAACUGCAGGGCCAGGCUAGGUGCCCCUGGAUAGAUGAAUGGCCAAGCCCAGAGGCCACCAUGGUCAGUCCCCUGGCCUGAAGCAGAUGGACUGCAAGGCCCGGCUCUGCAGCUCUGCAGCUCUCUCUGGUUUUCAUUUGCCUUAGUUUAGGGUUUUUGUUUUGUUUGGUUUUGGGGGGUUUUUUGUUUGUUUUUUGUAUUUUUUUUUUUUAAGAAAGAUUUUCUGCUUUGGGUGGGGACUGAUGGUAGAGGGGAGGGGCUUGGGGUGAUUGACACAUAACAGUCACUUCUUGAAGAAGUGCAGUUGUAAAUAAGCCAUGUAAAAUGCCUUUUUAAAGUUUAAUUUUAUAGCCGGCUCCACAUCAAAGUGAGGGCCUCAUAUGUUAGAUCACCUUGGGUGGCAAACACCCGGGUUCCCACACAGUUGAGAAUCAUCUCCCAAGUCCCUGUCAUCUAGGAAGGAAGUGGAUGCAGGGUGGGACAAAGAACCUCCGGUCACUGCAGCCCCUCUUCUCUGCUCUGCCCCUCCUUUCCUGUCCCCUUCCCCCAGGGUCUUCCUCCUGGAGACUCAGCCCCUAAGCUGGAGCUGCUGUUAGGGGCACAGUACUCUCCCUUCUUACAGACCUGGCGAGCCAGCCGGGAUGUGCAGGGAGAGGUGGAGGCAAAGGCCCAGGGCACAGGCCUGUCACUCCAUUGUGGAUGGCAGGGGCUAGAGACCAGGAGUUUUGAGGCCAGUGUGAGCUGUGUCACAAGUUCCAGGUCAGCCCGUGCUGUAUAGCACAUUCCAGCUCCCUAAGCGGCCUCACAUACAGGGGCUGCUGGGUGACUGCUGCCUUUUUUCUUUGGAACUUGGCCACAGUUUCUCUGGGCUGUGCCCGCAUGACCAGCUGGCUUCAGUGAGUUCACCGGUUCCUUUCUAGUUUCUAGGAAGCUACUGUGCUGUGCUAAGAAGCAGUUGGUUAGGAGGGGCUCAGCCCAGGAGCAGGUGGCCCUGGGGUGCAUGUCAGCCAGGGUCCAAUCAGGCCAGCAGCCUCCCCUGCUUCCUGACAGGAAUUGCUAAAGUGCACUGAAAAGGGCACCUCCUUCCUGUGUCUGCCGCCUCGGUGCCCGCCCGCCCUCGCUCCCUAAAGCAGGGAUCUGUGUGUGCUGAGGAGCACUCGCUUCUGGCCUCAAGCUCUUUGCCUCUUUGCCUUCAGCACCCUUGAUGUUCAUGGUUUACAUGGGUGGGGGUGGGAUGUAGAUACGUGGGGGUGGGGUUUUGCAUCACACAGUUGGUUCUGAGGACAGAUGAUCCCCACAGACUGUGGGAGUGAUUGGCCAGGCCUUGUUUUUUUCUUGUUUUUUGUUCUUUUUGUAGACUAGUGUGGUAUCUAGGGAACAGAUGGCCCUGCAGAGUGCUUCCCGCUCGUAUGAGAGAGCAGGUGCCUGCCCUUGAGAGCGCUGGUGAGCCACGUCAUCUGUUUGCACUGGGCAAGGAGCUGCACUGCUGCGUUGACUUGCCUUUGUCUUACGGUACACACAGCAAUAAAGACUGGGUUCCGCCUGGUCUCGACCCUCCCUCUGCCUCCCUUGGUUAGUUUCACAGUGCUGGCAGUGAAACCCGUGGCCCACCAUGCUAGGCGAGUGCUCUGCCACUGAGCCCUCUCCCUCAUUCUUCUGUUUCCACGCCAAAGGCCAGGAGUGCUUCACUGUGCUGGAGCCAUGGUGUCCUUUGGAGGGACUUCCAGGGAGGGACAACGGUGCACGUGGCAUGUGUCCUGGCUGAAGUGCUGCGAUCUCACACUAGCCACAGGGUACCGUUUUGAGCCAAAGGCUGAUACUUGAUUGAAGGAAAAUGCAGAUCUGGGGACAAAGGAAAAGGUCUUUUUACUGCUUAAGUAGGGUCGCUUCUGUUCUGUUGCAAUCAUGUCCAAGUUUGUUUUUAGUGUGGACUCCUGUGGGCACUGUCGGUCAUUGGCCACCCAGUCACGUACUGAGUGGGCAGUGUCACAGCCAGAGCUACCACUGGGCCACACCAUAGGUCAUUGCUUGAAGAAAAUGACGGUGACAAUGGAGUGUUACCUUGGUGUACUGUGGCAGCCCAGAUGACUCAGUGCUACAGACGAGUGACCCUUGGAUGACCUGCCUCUACUGCCUGCCUUGUGUGUGUGUGUGAGGCCUCUCUCUGCAUAGGGGUUCUUUGGGGGAGGGGGUAUUUGCAAAACUUUAAUUUUGCUAAAAUGGGGGACUCUGUCAUCGCUUCCCUUCCUCAGAGGACAGCACAGAGCCUCAGCAUACACACUGACGUACCCACCACCGACAGAUGAGCACUGACGCAGCCAGCUUAGCCCAGCAUUACUGUCUCUGUUGUGAGCUUGCUCUUUGUUUUAAAAGGUGCCAGGGGUACAUUUUUGCACUGAAACCUAAAGAUGUUUUAAAAACACUUUUCACAGAAAUAGUCCUUGUCACUACAUUGUUCACUCAUGUGUUUGUACAUUUUUGUAUGUUAAUUUAUGAAUGAUUUUUUCAGUAAAAAAUACAUAUUCAAUA